AUGCCUUUCCACACUGCGUUAACGAGGAAACUGGGCAUUACCAUCCCUGUUGUACAGGGUGGUAUGCAAUGGGUUGGAUACGCAGAGCUCGCUGCGGCGGUUAGCAACGCAGGUGGUCUGGGAAUUCUCACUGCACUCACGCAACCCACCCCCGAAGACCUCCGCAAAGAGAUUCGCCGAUGCCGGACCAUGACCAAGAACCCCUUCGGCGUGAACCUGACCCUCCUCCCAGCCCUCGUGCCCCCAGACUACGCCGCCUAUGCACAGGUCAUCAUCGACGAAGGCAUCAAGAUCGUCGAGACAGCCGGCAACAACCCCGGCCCCGUGAUUUCGCAGCUGAAGAAGGCCAACACGAUCAUCCUGCACAAGUGCACGACCAUCCGCCACGCCAAGUCCGCCGUGAAGCUGGGCGUCGACUUCCUCUCCAUCGACGGCUUCGAGUGCGCCGGCCACGUCGGCGAGCACGACAUCACUAACUUCAUCCUGCUCAGCCGGGCGCGCCAGGAGCUCAAGGUUCCCUUCAUCGCCUCGGGUGGGUUCGCGGACGGACAGGGUCUUGCGGCCGCGCUGGCGCUCGGUGCGGAAGGUAUCAACAUGGGUACUCGUUUCAUGUGCACUGUUGAGGCGCCCAUCCAUCAGAAGGUCAAGGAGGCCAUCGUGGCGUCGGACGAGAACAACACCAACCUUGUUUUGAGACGGUGGAGGAACACCACCCGUCUGUUCAAGAACAAGGUUACGGAGGAGGCACUGAAGGUCGAGAGGGAGAGCAAGACAGGCGAGUUUGCCGAGAUCGCGCCCUUUGUUAGCGGCAAGAGAGGCCGUGAGGUGUUCCUGAACGGCGACGUCGACUACGGUGUAUGGACCGCUGGUCAAGUCAUUGGUCUGAUUCACGACAUCCCAACGUGCGCGGAUCUCCUGCAGCGGAUUGAGAAAGAGGCCGUCGUGGCCAUCGAUCGGUCCAGGUCGUUGCACACGGCAACCGCAGGCCAAAGCAAGCUGUGA